CAUUAGAAAAACACGUCAUUGUUCACACUCGGUGAUGUUGCAAACACAGUUGUUAUAAGAAGACGCCGCUCUGAUGGUAGAAAACACCAAAAUGGCCCUCUGAAGCCAGGCACUAGUUACAAAAUUUUCCAGCGAGUUUUCGUAGAUGAUCAGGUAAGCAGUGAGAUGUUUCAGGUUUCUUUUUAUUCUACUGACUGGAGUCCUCCAGCAAAAACACUAGAAAACGCAGACAUCCCAGCCACGACAAAAUGGUACAUCAUUUUGGUUGCCGUCAUUUCAGGAAUCAUUCUCAUCAUUGUUUUCUGUUCAAUUAUUCUACUUUAUCGUCGACGUUUUGUAUUGAACAACAAAAAUAAACAAAAUGAACAACUUCAGUCCCCUGGAAUAGAGAGCACAGACGUAAACAAUGGAGCCUAUGAAGAAAUGAAGUUAUCUGACAUAUCUAAAAGAAACGAUAAUGAGGCUUUGACAGAUCGCGAUGACUCAAAUUAUCAAGAAUUAGACGUACCAAAAAUGGACAGGGAAGAAAAUUAUCAGUCUUUAAUGGAUAUGCCUUACGUCAAUAUCAAAGAUAAAACGUAUCAAGACUGAAGAAAGUUCACAUAUGUACCAUUUCUCAUGUAAUGAAUGAAAAAUAAUAAAAGUGAACUUUUAUAUGGCAUGUAACUUAUGUUAAGUGUCAAAGACAUGUAUCACCAGCUUUAAAAUUAGCGAAGGUCUCAUGUUUCCACUGUUCUAAAAAGCCUUCUUUUCGCUAUGCUAACUGCACAAAUUGCUCUCUUUUUUUUAAUCUCUUCACUGUUUAUAGAAGCGAUAGAGUUAAUGAACAAUCAGCUUUGUCAAACAUGAAUUAAGAAAUGAUAAUGAGUCAUUAACAGUAACUGCUAAUGCAAGGUAUUAAGAAAUGAAUACAGAAGAUGAUUAUCAAUCUUUAAUGGAGGAUGAUAACGAUUUGUCUUAUGUAAAUGUGAAAAAAUUGAUGACAAUAAAUGGUGAAAUGCAUUAGAUAGAUACACUAUCAACAAUGAAAUGAGAUGAGGAAGGAAAGUGAAAUGACAAAGAAUGGAUUAACAUGAGAGAAUUUUUUAGUUUAUAGUGUAUCAAAAACAAUGAUUUUUGCUAAUUCGUUUACGAUAUUCAUUCUAUGGUGUGAAGCUCAACAGAAUCUGAGGAAUUUAUUAAUUACAUAUGUAAUGAAGAUGUAUUAAAAGAUGCUUUUAAAAGAA